UGUCAUUCGGUAGCUAACCAGCCAGCCGACAUCCGCAGGAGGCGGAGGAGACCCAGCCAGGAAGGUGCACGAAAGAACCAGCGAAACACCCAGCAACAUGUCUCUGUCCAACAAACUCACCCUGGACAAGGUGGACGUCAAGGGGAAGCGGGUCAUUAUGAGAGUCGACUUCAACGUUCCAAUGAAGGACAAGCAGAUCACAAACAACCAGAGGAUCAAAGCGGCCGUUCCCAGCAUCCAGCACUGCCUGGACAACGGGGCCAAAUCCGUGGUUCUGAUGAGCCAUUUGGGUCGCCCCGAUGGAAACUUUGUGCCUGAGAAGUACUCUCUGGAGCCCGUCGCUGCUGAGCUGAAGACCCUGCUGGGGAGGGACGUCACCUUCCUGAAGGACUGUGUGGGUGCAGAGGUGGAAGCUGCCUGUGCUAACCCCGCCGCCGGAUCCGUCAUCCUGCUGGAGAACCUCCGCUUCCACGUCGCCGAGGAGGGAAAAGGCAAAGACGCCUCCGGGAACAAGACUAAGGCCUCCCAGGAGCAGAUCGACUCAUUCAGGGCGUCUCUGUCCAAACUGGGAGACGUUUACAUCAACGAUGCCUUCGGUACAGCUCACAGAGCUCACAGCUCCAUGGUGGGAGUCAACCUGCCUCAGAAGGCGGCCGGCUUCCUCAUGAAGAAGGAGCUCGACUACUUUGCCAUGGCUCUGGAGAAACCUCAGAGGCCCUUCCUGGCCAUCCUCGGAGGAGCGAAGGUGAAAGAUAAGAUCCAGCUGAUCAACAACAUGCUGGAUAAGGUCGACGAGAUGAUCAUCGGCGGCGGCAUGGCCUUCACCUUCCUCAAAGUCCUCAACAACAUGGAGAUCGGUAACUCCCUGUACGACGAGGAGGGCGCUGGCAUCGUCAAAGACCUGAUGGCCAAAGCUGAGAAGAACGGCGUCAAGAUCACGCUGCCCGUCGACUUCAUCACCGCCGACAAGUUCGACGAGAAAGCCGCCACCGGCACUGCGACCGUCGCCGCUGGCAUCCCGGCCGGCUGGAUGGGUUUGGACUGCGGACCAGAGAGCUCUAAGGCCUACGCCGAGGCCGUGUCCAGGGCCAAGCAGAUUGUCUGGAACGGUCCAGUUGGCGUGUUCGAGUGGGACAACUUCGCCAAAGGAACCAAGAACAUGAUGGACAAAGUGGUGGAGGUGACCAAAUCCGGCUGCAUCACAAUCAUCGGUGGAGGUGAUACCGCAACCUGCUGCGCCAAGUGGAACACAGAAGACAAAGUCAGCCACGUUAGCACAGGAGGAGGCGCCAGUCUGGAGCUGCUGGAGGGUAAAGUCCUGCCCGGAGUCGACGCCCUGAGCAGCGUCUAAACCCCCCAUCAGCCGGAGUGUGUGUCGGUGUGUGAUUGUGUGUAUGAGAGGUGGGUAGCUACUCGGCCAGACUCCUGUUUACUCCUGAAACAUCCCACAAGUGAAAAAAUACACACACCACCUUUUUCCUGCAGCCUUUCCAUCCUCAGUCUUUGUUUUUUCAAAUAACGCCACUCAAAGGAGAAAAACCUCCUACAUCUCAGAUCUAGAGCAAUCUGCCUUAUUCUAACACGCUUCUACAAGUCCGGCUGGUCUUUAAUGGUUCAUUUUUAACCUCUAAGAUGAUAAAAGAUCAUGCUUAUUAAGGUGGAAUCGGUGGAAACGCUUCCUCCAGCUCUUCUUCACGUUCCUUAAAACAAGACGAGGAUCCGUCACCUCUGAGAAACUCGAUCUCUGGCUCUUGUGUGUGUCUGAUUGUGUGUUUUGCUGCGUCACUUUUGCAUAGCGACACUGGGAUCGUCACUGCACCGCCCUGAGUGUGUGAACCUGCAGAAUAUAUCUCUCUCUAUAUAUAUAGAAACGGUUAGCAUGGUGCGUGUCUACAUGUUACAUUUUGUCUGUUGGGUUCUGGUCGUCUGUCUCCGCUGGUUGUCAGCUUCGGACUGAGACGUCUCUAACGGCUAAUAAAACCGUCUCUGUGGAAAA